GUUUCAGGUCAGCAAUCUCUAUUUGCUUUCCAAAAAUAAGCCUCUGCCACCAUGCUGAAGGGAGAAAAACAAGAAGGGCGGUAUUUUUAGGGCCAUUAAUUCAGACCACGUGCCCAGGAGGUGAACCGGAUGGCCACUGCACAAAGACUCCUCAUCACUAUGUCCUGCGAAGCCAGCGUUCACCGGACGUUCCCUGCCUUCGUUCUCCUGGGCUUUCUAGCUGGGAUUGCUUCUACACAUCCCGUUGUAAGCAGAACUAAUGGCACAUUGCUGGAGAGAGGAUGGCAAUCUCUGUUGUCCAGGUCCAUUGCUGGGAUGUCAGGGGAGAAGUCAGAUGUGAACUGGGAGAGUGACUAUUUGCUAGGAAUCAAGAGGCAGCGGAGGCUUUACUGCAACGUGGGCAUCGGGUUUCACCUUCAAAUCCUCCCAGAUGGAAGGAUAAGCGGAGUUCACAAUGAAAACCAAUACAGUCUCUUUGAGAUAUCCACUGUAGAGAGAGGUGUUGUCAGCCUGCUUGGGGUGAAAAGUGCUCUCUUCAUUGCAAUGAACAGCAAGGGGAGGUUGUACGGAACGGCUGUCUUCCAAGAUGAGUGUAAAUUCAAGGAAACCUUGCUGCCCAAUAACUACAAUGCAUAUGAAUCAAAUGCUUACCGUGGUACUUACAUAGCCCUCAGCAAACAUGGGAGAGUGAAGAGAGGAAACAAGGUUUCUCCUGCGAUGACAGUGACCCACUUCUUACCCAGAAUAUGA